AAUAAUGAAACACAUUAAUAAUGUAUUUAUUGUGGUUUAAUAAAGGGCUUAUUAUAUAUUUAGAUGGACCAACCUAUUUCUCUAAAGAUUUUAAGAAUCAUGCUAGUGAUGACACGUGGCUACAAAAAAAUGUUGCAAUGCUUCUCAAAUAAUAUAUAGGAGAUGUGAAAGCCUCACAUUGAUUUGAAUAUAUGGGCGCUAACGUAUCGCUUUAAUAGAGCUCCUCACAAUAAUGUUUCAUAUUUUGCUUACAAUUAAACACAAGGAAGUCGUAUUCUUUAGCUCAUACCGAAGGAUAUGAUGCAAAACUCAUUUAGCUCAUACCAAGUCGCAGAUCAUUUGGCUCAAAAUUGAACUAACUUUUUUCAUCACACUUUAUAACUUCAUUAUGGUAAAGAAGACAUCUCAAUCUCGACAAAAAUGUACGAGAGAGGAGAGAAAGUGAGUCUUAAAAAGUGCCUAAGCAUAUAAAAACAACAACAAAUAUAGAGAUCUAAAAGCAGAGUGUUUUAUCCAAAAUAAAAGAGAGGCAGUCACACCUCAAGAGAGCAUGCUACGUUGAAAGGCUUCGAGGAGUCUCAGUCUUGUGCAACGUCUACGGCUGCUUAUUUUUGGAUUAAUUGGUUCACCACGACGGAGCAGCACACACUAUAUAAGACUGAUAACGUGAUCAGGUGGAAGUCGAUGUGGUCGUGGUGCGGCCUGGGCGUUCUAGAGAUGGGCGUUCGGGGCCAUUUCUAGAGAUGGAGUGUUGCGAAGCACUCAACUACCCAUAAGAAACUUCGAAGGUCUGUCUCUAAAGCGUAUGAAACCCAAUGAUACCCUUGAGAAUGAUCGACGGCCAUGAACAACAGGUUGUUCCAUGUGAUCGUGUACUAGCCAUGGGACUCCACAUUUCACAUUAGCGUUUAUCCAAGACGAGCUACUAUGAAUUUAACGAAAGAUUGACAUGGUUUUUUCCAUCCUACGAGAGAUCACAUACAAGAGAUUACCUGCUGCUCCCCAUUUUUUUCUAUUGAAUUUUCUUCCAUCCAGGCUUCAGCAUCUCUUCUUCGCAGCAACCACAAAUAAAGCUUAUGCGUGGAGGUUGAAACUAAAGGCAGCUAAUAAAUCAAAUUCUCGACAACUAUGUCAGUUGUCUCCUUGAAUUUGCUUCCAUCCAGGCUUCAGCAUCUAUCCUUCGCAGUAACCACAAAUAAAUCUUAUGCGUGGAGGUUGAAACUAAAGGCAGCUAAUAAAUCAAAUUCUCGACAACUAUGUCAGUGAAAGAUUUCAUGGGUUUUAUAGCUCAUGAUCCUACAUGCAAUAUUUUGUUGAUGUUAUACAAAACUUAGCUUAUGCCAGCUAAGAAAUCAAGUUUUCGACAAAGGGGACAACUUUUGUUUGAGUCAUAGCUUAUGAUCUUACAUGCAAAUUUUUGUUCAUUUUAUACAUUUUGGAGUUUGUUAUGUGAGGCUACUUAUUCAUGCACACAAGAUUUUUUCGUAGACGAAAUUUUUAUUAUUAUGGCUAAGCCUAUUAAAAUGAAUUACAAAAUCAUUUUUUUUAAUACCAAAGGGAACCGCUGCAUGUGUGUUUUGAUAAUAUUUUGCUACAUUGAGUGACUGGAAAGGUCGAAUUAAUGAUAGUGGAUUUACAUAUAUUUCACAUUUUUGGUUUAUGGCAACAUAUAUAUAUAUAUAUCGAAGUGUGAUGAGCAAGGUACAAAUAUAUGACAUUUAAUUCAUAUUUAUCAUAGAUACAGCGUGACUUUAAAUAAGGUUUAUUAGACCUAUAUAAAACUUACUUCUCCCAUUCUCAAUAUCCAUUAAAAAUCCAAUUGUUUUACUUUACAAAUUAUAUUAGAUUUAGGGAAUAAGAAAUUAAAUAAAAUAAAAAUAAAUAUUCAAUAUAAAUUCUAUAAAAGCUACUAUUAUUAAAAUUUAUAUUUUCAACUCAAUAAAAACAAAUUUCUAUGAGUAUAAAUAUACAAAUUUUUAUAACCAACACAAAUAAAAUUUGAUUAUAUUAUAUAAAAUACAUAAUCUUAAAAUGUUACCAAUAAUGUUUGUACAAACGACACAAAUAAUAACAAAUAAUAUUAGAUGUCCUUUUUCUUCAACUAUUAUUAAGAUUUUAUUUUAUUUUUUAUUAUUUUAAAAUUUGUAAAAUAAAACCAUUAGUUCGACAUCAAAACAGUCUAAAAUGCAUAUAAGAUGAAACAAACCAAAUAAUAAUAUUUUGGGGGUUUAUCACCCAAAAAAAAAGAAAACUUCACUUAUUUUACUGAACAAAACAAAACAAAUAUGAAUUUAGAAUGAUGUUUAUAUUAUUUUAGAAGACUAAACCCCACCCCCCCCCCCCCCCCCAAAAUAGUUUUUUCUAUUUUUUCUUUUCGACUAUUAAAACGAAUAAAAGAGAUUUGAAAAUAACUAAAUAUCAAUACUUGAAUGUUUCUUAGUAAUGACUAAUAAGCGGUUAUUGAAAUAGGAUAAUAUCCUCUAUUUAAAACAAAAAAAAAAACGAAUUGAUAUCCAGAUUAAACAGAAUUAAUGUCUUUUUAUCUUAAAAAAAUAAAAUUAAUAAUCUCGCUCCAUGCACAGUUUGUACUAUAGAAUCAAUCGAACCAAUCUCUUUAAGAUAAUAUCCAGUUAUUUAAUGUUGGUAUCUUUUACUGUUUCAGAUUAGACAACAAUGUAAAAAGAGAGAGAAAAGCUGCAGGCUUCACAAUAGUUAACAAUACAAAUCAAAUGAAAUUAAAAAAUGUUAAAGUCUACUUUAAUGUGUAAACUAAUAGACGAAAACAUCACUGAAAGUUACGAAAAAAAGUUAGUAAGUCAGCAUCAGCAUAAGUAGAUUGAUUAUAUAUACUAUAGAGAGAGAUGGCUGUUCAUACUUCAUUGAGAUCUAAGAUCAAUUGAAUUGUUUUUAUAAGAAGUUGCUCAUUUUUCUAAAGGUAAGUCAAAAUUAGAAGAAGAGAACGAAGAAGAAACUCAUCUCUCUCGACAUAGAGAAUAUAAUACAUGGCUUCUUUGCGAUUCUCUGUUACCUCCCCCACCCUCCUCCUCCUCUUCUCUCUGCUGGUCGUGGAGGCACAUACUUCAAGAAAGCUGAUAUCAAACAAGGAACAAGAAGACCAAAAUACUAGUCAUUUGCUCAAAGAUGGUGAAUUCGAGGAUCCUUCAAUGUACAUGUUUUUAAACUUCAAUGAUCUUAAACUAGGAGCCAAAUUGCUCGUUUACUUCAACAAAAACGAACUUCGAACACUUCCUCCACUUCUCACACGACAAGAAGCUGAUCUCAUUCCUUUCACUAAGUCGAAGCUUGACUUCCUUCUCAAUCACUUCUCUAUCUCCAAAGACUCUCCUCAAGGGAAAGCCAUGAAGGAGACGUUGGUACGCUGUAACUACAAGGAAAUUGAAGGAGAGUACAAGUUUUGUGGGACUUCGUUGGAGUCAAUGCUUGAUCUUGCAAAGAAAACAAUAGCGUCUAAUGCCGAUAUCAAGGUCAUGACGACUAAAGUAAUUGCCCAAAACACAACAAGCUAUGCUUUACAUAACUAUACGUUCGUCGAGACUCCAAAGGAGCUUAUUGGGAUUAAAAUGUUGGGAUGUCAUAGAAUGCCAUACCCUUAUGUAGUUUACUAUUGCCAUGGUCACAAAAGUGGAGCCAGAGUCUUUGAGGUUAGUCUGGUCACAGAUGAUGGGAGACAACGGGUAGUGGGACCUGCUGCCUGUCAUAUGAACACGUCUAUGUGGAACGCUGAUCAUGUAGCUUUUAAGGUGUUGAAGAUAGAGCCGAGGUCGGCACCGGUUUGCCACUUCUUCCCUCUUGAUAACAUUGUGUGGUUAGCAAACUAGGAAAUCGAAGCUUAUCUCUCUUCUCUAUAUAUGUUGAUGUGAGUAUGUGUAUUAUAAUAACUAUGGUUUGAGAGAGAAAAAAAAUGGCUUGUUGGCUUUGGUAAUUGCCAUGUUUCGUGUGACUUGCAGCUUCUUACAUGAAUAUACUACGACAACUAAUGUAACAUAUAUAUAUAUAUCUCAUGCAUCCUGAUAUAAUGUUGUAUAAUUCUGUAUAUAUUGUUUAUCAGAAAAAAAAAAUUUGUAUAUAUAAUAACGUAGUAUUAUUAUGUCCGAUCCAGAAGAUUUCGAGUUUUGGGUCAAGAUGAUUUUUGGUGUGGGAGGCUAAGAGCAUGAUUAAUUGGGAUUCUUAGAGUGAGAUUUUUGACAGAAUAUAAGAAACCGUCUCUUAAUUUUUAACUAAAAAAUUAAGAAUCGGCACUAAGAACCUCACCUUAAGAACUCUGCAUUACUCAUGCUCUAAGGCUAAUAAUAGUCUAUCAAUAAGUGAGACUUAUCCGACCGAUGAUCAAAGUUUCCAUUACAACUUCUUAUUUCUCUGAAUGACAACCGGCAAGAUUUAAUUGAUUUAGAGCAUCAGCAUUGGUGAGAGCUAAUAUUAAAAUCUCUUAUGGAUAAAUAUCAUAUAAAUUAAUAUCGAAAUUAAACUUAAAAAUUCAAAAAAUUAAAUCAGUAAUACAAUGACACAUUGCUUCUUUGGGCAAUGGAAUGUAUGAGGAAUUUACGUCAGUUUCAGGUUACGUUUGCAACGGAUUGUUCUCAAUUGGUGAAAAUGGUUUCGGAACCAGAUGAAUGGCCAGCUUUUGCAAAUUACUUGGAGGAUGUCAAGAUCCUAAAAGAGAGCUUCACCAGAUCAGAGAUCAUGUAUGUACCAAGGACGCAAAAUACAAUGGCGGAUAGACUAGCACGCAGUGCUAGGAAGCAACCGUCUUUUGUCGUUCACAUGGAUGCAGAUCACCCGGUUUGGUUUACAGAGUCAGUACGAGUCUGUAAUAGUUGAAGACAAAAAAAAAAAAAAAAAAACAAAGUUUCUAACCUUGUGUAAAGUGUUCUCAAACAAAAACACUUUCUUCUUCUUUCUCAUAAAUUGUAUUUAAUUCCUUUAUUAUUAGUCUAAGAACACUUGCAAAAACAUAUCCAUUGUGGAUGUUUUUAGGGAUCACGAGAACAGAUUGUAAGAACCUUUAGUAGUGGUAAAAGAGGAUUUUUAUAGAUAUCAAUUGAAGGUUAUCUUAAGAGAAAAGUAAUACAACGAUUAACCUAUGUAACGAUAUAAACAGACCUAAGGUUUAAUCUCAAUACAUUCUCUCAAGCUGGAUAUACACACUCUGCUUACCGAGAAAGAGUGUCAAAUGCCUUGCUUCCAAAGAUUUAGUAAAAAAGCCCGCCAAUUGUGAUUUGGUAUAAACAUGUUUUGUCGAUGUUGUUCCUCGUAUGUUCUCGUCGUGGAUGAAAUCAAAAUCAAGAGCAUUGUGUUUUGUUUGGGCGUGAUACAUUGUUCAUCGCAUAAUUAGUAGCUGAGAGAGAUAAUCGGAAUGAAGCGUAACUAAAGAAUCACACUGAUUUUCCAAACUCGUAAGAAGGUUCCCAAAGCCAAAGAAGCUCACUCACUGUAUCUGUCAUUGCUUGAUACUCUAGUUCUGCAGAUAAACGAGACAUGAUGUCAUGCUUUUGUGUUUUCAAGAAGAUAGGAAAGCAACCAAGUUGAAUGAACCAUCUUAGGUCUGGGCAUUUUAUCCAAUACCCAAACUCAUACCCAAUCCAAAAUUUUUAAACCGAAGUAGUAAAAUACCCGAACGGAUAUUGAGUUAUGAGAGAUUGGAUACCCGAACCGAACGGUAAUAUCCAAACCUCGAUGGAUAUCCGAAGAUAACCGAACAUAUAUAUACUUAACUUAUAUUUCUAGUUUACUUCUCUCAUUUUAUUUAAAAUAUUAAUAUUAAUGUUGCAAAUUUUUUUAAGAUCAAAUAAUAUACAUCUAAUUACAGACAAAAUGAUUUGCUACUCACUUAAAAAGCUUGUCAAGCUUUUUGUUCCAUGCAUUAACAAAAGUUGCAUCCAAAAUUUCAAAAGAACAACCAAAUUAGUGUCAUUUUAUUUUUAAAAUGUAUCUCCAAACCUAUUAAUCGUUCAAUCUAUUAAAAAUUAGAAAAUCAGUUAAGUUAAAAAAAUAUUAUUAAAUACAAGAAAUUUGAGCACAAAACCGAAUACUUGUAUUCAUUUACCUUCCACCACGACAACACAUCAUAGUCUAUCUCAGAAGACUAUUCUUUGGAGUUUCCACCUGAUCUUUCAAAUAGAUUAUAACCUCAUAUCUUAAAGGCUGAUUUCGUUAAUCAUCUCUUUGAAAAUUAAGUCCAUUGCUCAUAUCCAAAAUCAAAAUCAAAUUCCAUUCUAAACGACCCAUCCUUUGCAUUAGAAUAGUCUUGCCCACUUUGAGAUGAUGUUGCACCAUACUGAGAUUGUGUCCCAAUGUUGACAUCCUAUUGUGUUUUCUAAGAUUGAUCUCAGGAGUGGAUACCACCAAAUUCGUAUGAAGGAGGGUGAUUAGUGGAAGACUGAUUUCAAGACCAAACAAGGUCUGUACGAGUGGUUAGUGAUGCCAUUCGGUCACCAACGCCCCCAGCACUUUCAUGACACUCAUGAACCAAGUUCUUCGACCUUAUAUCAGUAAAUUUGUGGUUGUGUACUUUGAUGAUAUACUGAUCUAUAGCUGCUUUUAACUGAUCACGUCGACCACCUUGAACACGUGAUAAAAAGUUCUUAGACCAGAAGGCCUCUAUGCUAACUUAAAGAAAUGUGUGUUUUGCACUGAUCAAUUGGUAUUUUUAGGCUUUGUUGUGAGUUCACAGGGUCUGAAGGUCGAUGAGGAAAAUAUCAAGGCGAUACAAGACUGGCCCACACUGACCACGAUCGGACAUGUCCGCACUUUCCAUGGUCUGGCCAGCUUCUAUCGACGGUUUGUAAAGGACUUCAGUACCAUUGCUGCUUCAAUGACUUCCGUGAUCAAGAAAAACGUAUCCUUUACUUGGGGAUCAGCCCAAGAAGAGUCUUUUAACAAGAUUAAAUAUAGUUUGACUCAUGCACCGGUCCUUACUCUGCCUAACUUCGAUAAAACUUUUGAGAUUGAAUGUGAUGCAUCAGGUACAUGUAUACGAGACGUGCUUACUCAAGGAGGCCGUCCAGUGGCCUACUUCAGUGAGAAAUUGAGUGGAGCUGCCCUCAAUUAUCCGACCUAUGACAAAGAGUUUUAUGCUCUAGUAAGGUCUCUUGAAACUUGGCAACAUUAUUCUAAAGAGUUUGUCAUUCAUACAGAUCAUGAGACGCUUAAGCAGCCAGAUGGUUGGAGUUUAUGGAGACUUUCCCUUAUGUGAUUAAGUACAAGAAGGGCAAAGACAAUGUGGUGGCUGGUGCCUUGUCCCGAAGAUAUACUCUUAUCUCGACAAUGGAAGCUAAGAUCAUGGGUUUUGAAUUUAUUAAAGAUUCUUAUGCUACUGACCUUGAUUUUCAAGAAGCUUUCAGAAACACUACACAAGGAGCAUUCGGUCCUUACUAUCAGCAUGAUGGUUUCUUAUUCAAGGAAAAGAAACUAUGCAUUCCCAAAGGUUCUAUGAGGGAAUUGCUGGUCCGGGAGGCCCAUGGUGGCGGCCUCAUGGGGCACUUUUGUCGAGACAAGACCUUAAGUGUCCUAACCGACUAUUUCUUUUGGCCAAACAUGAAGAGAGAUGUUGAAAACCUAUGUGCCAAAUGCACAGUCUGUCUAAGACAAAAUCCAGGUCACAUCCUUAUGGUUUAUACAUGCCUUUACCUAUUCCUAACCACCCUUGGAUAGAUGUUUCUAUGGACUUUGUCCUGGGUUUGCCCAAGAUAAACCACAAAGAUUCCAUUUUUGUAGUGGUAGACAGGUUUUCCAAGAUGAUCCAUUUCUGGAGAACAUUGUGGGGUAAAAUCGGUACUAAACUAUUUCUCUCGACCACUUGUCAUCCACAGACUGGCAGCCAACAGAGGUAGUAAACCGUACAAUCUCUCAGUUAUUGAGAGCUACGGUCGGUAAGAACUUAAAUAAUUGGUUAUCUCGUUUGCCGUUUAUUGAGUUUGCUUACAACCACGCUAAGCACUCUGCUACCAACCCCUCUCCUUUUGAAGUUGUCUAUGGUUUUAAGCCAGAAACGCCACUCAACUUCUCCGAGCUCCCCAGUUCCAUGUACCGCAGCCGAUAUGGUGCUAGUAAGGCCGAGUUUGUUAAGAACAUGCAUAUGAAGGUCAAGGAGAAACUGGAGGCCAAGAUGGCCAAGCUUAAGGUCCGGGUCGACCAGAAGAGAAAGGAGGUGUUGUUCGAACCAGGCGAUUUGGUGUGGCUGCACAUGCGACCUGAGCGGUUUCAAGAAGAGAGGAAGUCCAAACUGUCGCCACGAGGGACUAGCCCAUUCAGGGUCCUUGAGAAUAUCAAUGACAAUGCUUACAAGCUUGAGCUUCCAGGUGAGUUAAAAAUUUCUCAUGUGUUCAAUGUAUCUGAUUUGUCCCAUUUUCUUGUAGAUGAUGGUGUUCUGAGGCCAGAACCUUUUCAAGGGGCAGGGAAUGAUGAGGCCAUCCAAAUGGAGGUGCCCAUAGUUAGGUGUGGUCCGACUACCCGAAGUGGAGCCAAGCCAUAAGAAAAGGUUUCUCCAAAGCCGUCCAACAGAUCCUAGAUCAAGAUGGACAAAAUGGCCAGAACCAGCUGCUGAUUGAAGAGAUUAUCCAAUUGAAGAUUCAAGAUCAAGCCGGUCCAAUUCAAUUUAGAUCCUUCGGCCAGAACCAAACCGGCAUAAUCAUCUCCACAUGUGAUCUCGGUUCAGACCCCUUCCCAAUUCAAUCCGGUUCUGAGUAAUCCGCCCCAUUCAAUUUAAGGUAAGAAGGUAAGAAUUCAAUUAUGAUUUCUAACCGGUUUAUUAUUUUUGGUUUGUCUUGGUUCUUUUAUUUUUAUUGCAAUAAACUUAUGGGCAAAUUGUUAGUCCUUUUAUUUUAUUUGAGUCCAAUAAUUCAACGCCUUUGUUAGCCUUUGCUUUAGAGUCCAAGAGAGUCGGCCCAUCUUGUUUGGACUUGUCGAUUUAGUUGUCCAAGAGAAUCCUUGUUGUUUUUGCUUCAAAGUCUCCUAGAAGGGCAUAGCUGCCGGGUAUUUAAUCCCCACUAUAAGCAGCCUUGUAUUUUUUUAGCUUAUGAAAUAUAUGAGUCUGUUUGCUCCAGCAAAGAAACCAUUUUCUCUCUAGUUCUGAGUGUGAAGCCGGCUAGAAAAAACCUUGAAUCUUAUCAAGUUUUCAUCAUCAAACUUGUGGUGAUUCCUCACUCCAUUCCAUCCACCGAUCCAGCUUGAGAGAGACAUCAGUCCAGCAAGCCAGAUCCCAUCUUCACGCCAUCUCCAUCUCAUGUACUUGUUGAGAGAGGCACACGCCCAGCAACAAGAAUCCAUCCUCCAUCUUCUAUCCUUCUCUUGUUUUUGUUUCAAUCGCAUCAUAUAAUUUUAGAUCGACCAUCUUAAAUUAAAAUCCAUAAAAAGUCAUAUAUGCUUCUGUUCAUCAUUCUCCAGUUAGUUUACUUUAUAUUUCAUCUUAUAAACUCAUAAAAAAUCAUUCUCAUUUGUUUCUGGUACCAAUCGGGUGGCCAUCUCUCCAUCGCAUCCACCUUGCCGCUCCUCCGACCGUCCGUCCGUUCUGUCCAGGCCGAUCCAUCCGAACCUCAGUCAAGCCAUCCGCGUAGUCUGAAUCUCAGCCUGCAACAAGUGCUACAUCGACAUACCAUUUGAUUGUGGUAGUGUGCAGAUUAAAUUAAUUAGUAUGCAUAUACACGUAAUAUCAGAUAUUGUACAAAAAGGUGUGUCAGUAUAACCAUACAUGAUGUCUCGGAAUAGAAUUCAUGUGUCUACUGUAUUUUCUUUGAAUGAGUUGUGAGUUUAGGUCGAUAGAAGGCGUCUUUAUUUAUAAGAAAAUGCUAGAAGAUAUUUUUUUGAAAUGAAUAAUUAUUGUUAUGAAUAUAUCUGUACUGUUUAGGAAGUUGAGAAUAUAUUGUGUGAUCUCAAAGCCAAUAUCGUUUAUGCCGUUAAGAUAAUAUAAUUUGGAAUAUUUUUCAGGAGAAGAGAUAUGGAAGUUGGUAUCGUUUUUUUAUCAGCUCAAAGGCGAUGCAUGCAUUAAUAUUCAAUGCAUAUUACAUGCAUUUUAUGGAAGUUUUUUUUUUGGUAAAAUGUUAAGAUUUAUACCAUUUUCGAUUUUUUAAAUUGUUGCAAGCAACUUAUUACAAAGAAAAGAAAAGAAACAAGAUCAACCCAACUCAAUAACAAGAACAAAAGGAGAGAAACGAUCAAGGAGGACGGUAACAGAGGAAAUAAAACUCAAGCAGAGGAAGCUGGCUGCAGUCUGGCAGGAAGAGAUAGAAUGCGGUCCCUUAGUAGCCUGUCCAGCUGAAGAUGAAGGCCCUGAGCAGAGGUGGAGACAGCGGUGAAAAUGCGUGUGUUUCUCUCCUUCCACACAAUAUAAAUGAUAGACUGGAAGAUGAGCUUCAUGAGCACGGAUGCAUUGUGAUUGGCAGGAGGAUGAGGCUGCAGAAUCCAAGCUGCUGCAGCGUGAAUCCCAGAUGUGCGACGCAAAAGGCAGCUAAAGAGAGGAGGAAUAAUCACACUCAAAGAAGAGGUGAUGAUGAGUUUCCAAACCUGACGAGCAGAGAACACAACCCAAGAGACAUUUAAUCCCCAAUGCAAAAGUCGGUCCUUAGUUGGUAACCUUCUCAGAAGAGCAAGCGAAGCCACGAAGGAGUUUCUCGGUAUAUUUUCUUUAAGCCAAAUAUCUUUGCUCCAAAACACAGUAGGAGAGGGUUGUUGCAAGAACUCCCAAGUCACUUUGGAAGAAAAAAUGGGACCAAAAGUACCAUCAGAUUUACGCCACUUAAAGGUAUCCGUACCUUUAGUAGAAUUUGGAGGAUCAAUCGUAGUGAUGACCUCCUGAAUGGUUUGAAUAGCGUUGGAACGUGCUGCGGGUAGAGUCCAGGAUCCAUUAGUUGAGGCUUGAUUGACAUUAGCGCCCUUCCUUAUACGAAGACUACGAGGACCUCCUUGGCCUGUGAAGUCGAUUAAAGGGCCAAGAGAUGUCCAAGAAUCAAACCAGAAGCUCGCAGCUUCACCAUUACCAAUAUCACAGUGCAUAUAGUCUUUAAGAAUUGGUCUUAGCUGCAACAUAAAUCUAAUUGUUGUAGAAAACCUAUUCGAAUCAGGAGUCAGCCAAAACCCCAGUCUUCUGAAUAUCAAUACUAUUAAAAGGAAAACAUUCCUAAAAAAUCUACUUUAAAAAGUUGUUGCACCUACUUAAUUAAUUGUUGGGCCAUAUAAUAAAUUAACCUAACUAUAAAAUAUCAAUAAAUGUUUCAUACCCUAUAUUUUCUCCUGCAAUCAACUGGAAAUUAUAACUAAGCAAAUCAAAUAUAUUUUAAUCAUAUGUCGAUAGUUUCCACCUUGCUAUAUCCACUUUCUUCCAUAUUAUUAUACUUACUAUAUAAAAAAAUUGUUCUAGACACAUUUUAAAUAUAUACUGAUUGUAACACUAAUAAAUAGUGAAAUACUCGUGUGAACAUGAAUCUGAAUAGUAUUUAAUUAUAAAAUUACUCCAUGAAAUAUUUCCUACGUAAAUUUGAUAUAUAUAUAUAUAUAUAUAUAUAAAUACCAUGAAACAUUAGUAAUAGUUAUGUUCAUUGUUCAAUGUUUAUAAAACUAUUAUUGUCGAUUGUUUUAAGUUGCCCCUUUAACACUACUACAUGAAUGAUAUAUAUACCAUGUAUAUUAAUAUUACUGAUCAUUACAAAUGAAUAACAAAAAUACAAUUUAUUAUAUGAGAAGUUUAAUCAAUUUUUAAAAAAAAUUGAUACUAUAAGAUUUUUCUAGGUUUUUAGCAAGUCAACCGGUGUCAGUUCACUGGUUAAUAGCAGUUUUUGGGUUAAUAAGUUUUUAAAUUAAUAAAUUUUUAUUAAAUUCAAAUUUUAUGGAAACAUAUGAGUUGAUAGAAACUCUAAUAGAAUAUUACAUGAAGAACAUCAGCUAUUCUGGAUUUAUAUAUCCAUCAGGUUUACCAUUUCGACUGUAGGUCCGAAUCAGACUUGAAAGCCAUUGCUAAUAUCUUUGUAUAUAAACCACACUACUAAAAGGAGUUAAAUAAUUUGUAUACUUUCUUCACACCAUUUAAAUGUGAUGCACUAUUAGUCCUCAUCAUUUGGUUUUAGUUUGAGUAUUUUAGUUUUUGGUGUUUUGAUUCUAUAAAUAUAGAAACCGUUCAGGUAUUUACAAAGUUUGGUUAGGUCUCAGUUGGAAUAUUUUGGUUUUUGGUUUGGUAACAAAGUUGGAAACUGGACCAGUUUCAAAUUUUCAGUUCCAUAAAUAUAUGAUCUACUCAGUUUAUGAAAUCCAAUUCAGCUUUGGUUUUUUCAGUUUGGUAUGUUUUAGUUCGUGCUUUUGGAUAAACAUGCUAAGAUUUAUCCAUUAUCUUAUAUUGAAAUUCGUUUAAAAUAUAUUUAAUUUCGAAAACAAACUCGCGUUUUUUAAACGCGGGUCAAAAUCUAGUUGUAUAUUAUGGAAGUUGUAUGAAUUUAUGUUCGAUAUUAAGGAAUAUAUUUAUACAGUUAAUGAUAUUCAUAAUAUAUUGUGUAAUUUAGUGUUGGUUAAAAUCGUGUAUGCAUUAAAUAUUAUAUAUAUAUAUAUAUAUUUAUUUUAAAGAAUGAAACAAUCAGUUAAUAUUGUUAGGAAGAAACAGUAUAUUCAGAUUUUACAACCAUAGUUUAGGAAAAUUCGAUUCUUUCAAUAAUAUUUAUUUACAAUUAAAUCAGUUGUGUUGUCCACGUUAUUGCUUUUUGUAGGUAAUUAUAAUCCGUUUAAAAAAAUUUAAAUCAAUAUAUCAAUCUUAUUAAAAAUAAUGAAACGAUAAGGGUUGUUUGUUAGGAAGAUUGGAAUAUUUGGAUUAUCAACCAUAGUUUAGGAAAUUCCUAAUCUUUCAAUAAUAUCUUAUAAGACUGAUUUAACAAUUUACAAAUAUUUUUCUUUCAUGUGAAAAAAGGGAAUGUAUCUUGUUAUUUUAUUAACUUCUUAUAGUAUAAUAUUUUUCUGUCAUCAAAUCAGUGUAUUGUUUAGGGAUUAUGUAUAGUUUUGUACAAUUUAAAAUACAAAUAUUUGUAAAUUUUGAGCUAACCUUUAUACCAGCCAAAGUUUAUACACGACUUUUGUAUACAUGUUUGCUCAUAUGUUUAUCUUUGUUAGAAACUUAUUUGUUAUAAUGUAAUUAUGACCAGUAGGCAGUAGUACCAAGGUUAUACAAUGAAAAGAUGGAUUAGGGUAUGUAUUUUGUGGUUUAGGGAUUAGAACACAUAUAUGUUGUACGGGUUAUUAUUUGGCUGUUGCUGAAUUUAAUAUAUGGACAUAACCAGUGUAGGUGAUUUCUAUAUUGUAUAACAGCUCACCAUUGAAACAAAAUAAUUCAUAUGUAUUAUCGCUAUAAAUAAUGAGAGAAUAUAUAGGAAGAAAAUCAUUUUGUGUUCAAAGAACUAAUUACACUAAUACUCUCACACCUAGUGGCAUAAUUUCUUUGAAAAACUAGUGGCAUAAGUAGUAAAUAAUAGGGUGUUUUAGAGGCUAAAAAUAGAUAGAAUCCUACUUUAAAUAGAUUAGAUUUUGAACCGCGCUUUUAAAGCGCGGAUUUGUUUUUCUCUUAAUUUUUUUUUAAAAAAUUGAAAAAUAAUUGUGAAAUGUAAUAUUUCAUUUAUUUUUAUUUUCUCUUUUUAGUUGCUAAAAAUUAUCAUCUUUUUAUUAUUAUUUUAUAAAGACAAUUUAUGUUUACGAAAUUGUAAUUGAUUUUGUGAAAGGAUUCAAAGUGGUAUUUAUCUAAUCAAUAAAUCUUAUUAUGUAGUGAAUUUCUAAAUUUAUUUUAUUUAAAAUUGUAACCGGUUAAUAAACUGUAUUUUAAAGUGUGAAACUCAUUAGUCCACAGAUCUGAUUAGUUUUUCAGAUUACGUUAUAAAUAUUUCAAUAUGUUUUGAAAGUUUAAAUUUUAUUGAGGAAACAGAAAAAUCUAAUAAUCAUGUGUUAAUGUGAGUUUAUUUUUGUUCAGAUAAACAAUGGCUCGGAAUGGUGAAUGCGGUUUGAACGGUGCGGGACAAGCAUUUCAACUACGGUGCGGUUUUAACAGUUAUAAAAAUAUAUAUAUAGUAUAUAUAAAGAUUUUUGUUACUGUUAACUGCGGAGCGGGGCGAGACGAUAGUUACCAUUUGAAGCCAAUAUGUUUGAAAUUGGCCCGAAUGGCCCAGAGUAAAAAAAAUUGUGCCGAAAAAAUGUGUGGUCUAUGACCCAUUCACUUUAAAAAAAAAAAAACAGAAAAGGAAAGAAGCAAAAAUUUCUGUCUCGAUGUAAUAUUAUUUUCUAA